UGCCAGUUGUGAGUGAAACGCGGCUCACAGGGAAGUCUGGCUGUCUUCACACAGCACAAGUGCAGGAAUAGACCGCUUUCUUCUUUUAAGCGUUUACGACCGACGCCAAUCCAUCAGCGGUCACUUGGAAAGGUUCGUUCUCGGGGGAGUCCCCUCUUCCUCUUACGGACCAGGACAAAGUCUGUCGAAAAGUUCCCCAAAAAUGGCGAAUGUUAAAUUUUUCAGCAUCUGCUUGAUGUUGAUCCUGCCCUGUGCGCAGUCGUGUUUUAUCCAGAAGUCUAUCGACGCAACUGUGCCAACAAAAAUAAAGCCUGGAUACAAAGUCGCAAAAGUUGACCUCACCGACUGUUACUACGAACAAUUCCACUUAAUUUCGAAGGACCCAAGUUUUACAGUAAGGAGUGACGGAGCGAUAGUAGCUGUAGCUGAGGUAUCGGUGACAACAAGAGGGCGGACAUUUUCUGUGUUGGCUGAAGACAACACUGGACGGGAAAGUGAGCUGGAAGUUCAUCUUGCCAUCGCACCGCAGAAGAAAGAGCGCACAGGUAUCCUGAAGCGCACUAAAAGAAGGUGGAGUCCGCCACCUCUCGAGAUACCUGAGAAUGAUCUUGGGCCUUUUCCAAAAGCCGUCGAAACGAUCAGAUCAGAUUCGGAAGCCAAGGAACCUGUGUACUACGAAAUCAGUGGACCUGGUGUUGAUCAGGGUUUUUUCACCCUUGACCGUGAAACUGGAAUAUUGUAUGUGCACCAAACAAUUGAUCGUGAGAAAAUCCCGAAGUUUAUAGUAAUUGUCAGUGCUUUCAGCAGACGAACAAAUCAACAAUCAGACCAGCCUUUGGAUCUUGCAAUAAAUGUGCUUGACAAGAACGAUAAUGCUCCGGAAUUCAAAGACUCAUUGCAGUUUACUGUGCUCGAGCAAAGCAACCCAGGAACAGUGGUAGGUCAAGUGAACGGUACAGACAAAGACGAAGAGAACACCUUCCGCACAAAGAUAAAGUAUACUCUCUUGAGUGGAACAGACCUGUUUGCCAUCCAUCCAGAAACAGGUGUCAUCACCACAGUAACUAACACUUUGGACAGAGAGGACAAAGAAAAACAGUUGGUGAUCGUACAACUCCAAGAUAUGUUCGGUGCAAGUGAUGGUCUGUCCACCACGGGAACGGCAACCAUUACUGUGGGUGAUAUCAACGACAACCCACCAACUUUCACAAAAACAUCUUAUGAAGCCAGUGUCCCAGAAAAUGAAAGUGAAAAACUUAUACUUCGAAUUCCUGUUGUAGACAGGGAUUUAAUAAACACCCCAAACUGGGUUUCUAAAUUUGUCAUCACCAAAGGAAAUGAAAAUGGAAAUUUCAGGAUUGAUACCGAUCCGAAAACAAAUGACGGACUUCUGUACGUCUCAAAACCCUUAGAUUAUGAGAAAACCAAAAGCAUAAAGCUUGACGUUAUGGCACGCAAUGUAGCUGAGCUGACAGGCACCACAGCCCAAUGGUCAUCCAUCCCUGUGAAUGUCAAUGUCAUUGAUGUCGAUGAAGGUCCAGAAUUCACAGCUCCUACUAUCCGCUUCAUCGUCAAAGAGAACGUACCCAACAACACUCUCAUAGGAACCUACACAGCUUCAGAUCCUGAGACCAAGAGCAGUGAUGGCAUCAAGUAUUACAAGGUCACAGACCCAGCCUCCUGGAUCAGUGUCGACAAAAAUACCGGAGAGCUGAGGGUUGCAAACACAAUCGACAGAGAGUCAAACUUUGUCCAGGAUGGAAUCUACAACAUCACCAUGAAGGCUGUUGAUUCCACGUCCAAGACAGGCAUGGGAAAGGUCAUCCUUCAGGUGGAAGAUGAGAACGACAACAUUCCAGUGGUCCCCAUAAGUGAUCUGGUGAUAUGUGAGACGCAAGGGAAGUUUGGCUCUGUGCUGGUUGUGGCUGAAGACAAAGACCAGCCACCCUUUUCUGCCCCAUUCACCUUUAGUUUGCCAACUGAUAAGGACGGCAAAUGGUCUGUGACAAGACUGAACGACACAACAGCCACAUUGAAUCAGAUCCAGGAUCUUCCUACGGGGAUAUACAGUGUUCCCGUGGUCAUUAAAGAUCUGCAGGGCUUUGGUGAUAAACAGACGGUGAAAGUAAGGAUCUGCAACUGCGUUAAUGGAGUCUGCAAGGACAGGCCAAGCUCUAUAUCAUUAGGGCCGCUGGCUCUACUGGCUAUGCUGUUGCCUCUGGCACUUCUCCUACUGCUCUGCAUACUCCUCGCCUUUUUCUGUAGGACAAAGGGAGACAAGAUUGAGCUUGAAGAUGCAGGAGACGGCGGUGGAAUCCUGCUCAAAUCAAACACUGAGGGCCGAGGGGAGGAAGUGGACCCUACUCUCAUCACCGUCCUCCCUUUUGAAAAGAACACAGGCCUGAAUUCAGGAUGGCAGGACACCAAGAACAUGACCGGACUCGGUGGGCACAGUGUACAAGAGAAUGGGAUGUAUAAAUCUGGUGUCGAUAUGCAGGACUUCUUUUCUAGCCACCAUGGGAGCCACUAUGAUCAGCUGACAGGUCAUGGUGGAGGCGGCGGCGGCAUGGGCUUUGACAGCAGACAUCUUGUCCAGGACUCAUCAUUUUUUCAUACCUGGCAAACAAAUGGCCUCUAUCUACAGCAGAAGCUGCCCUAUCUGGGAGGAGAACAUGAUGGACGGUACGCAGACGACAUCAUCCACUCCUAUGGGUUCGAGGGGGUGGGCUCUGCAGCUGGCUCUGUGGGCUGCUGCAGCGACUUCGGCGACAACGAUAGCCUCGAGUUCCUAAACACUCUCGGACCAAAGUUCAAAACUCUAGCAGACGUCUGCACAAAGAAGUGAACAAUGAAGCUCCACAGUAGAGGUGUUUAUGUUUUUCUGGACAGGAUGUAGAGAGGCCUGGGAUCUGAACGCUUGGUAUUCCCCUGAACAUGAAUGAGAAAAAAGAACAAGCAGGUGGUGUCGGUGUGUGCACACACUGCUCUGCACUGCUUUUUUUGUUAGUUUUUGUCUUUGCUUAUUUUUGGUAAAAGUGUUUUGCACUGAAAACUAUGCAGUCAGUUGUACAUACUUGUGUAUUAAUGCAUUGUUUGCCUUUAAAGUCUUGUUAGGCAGGUUCAUAACGGUUGCUGUGUUGAUAUAUGCAACAAAUGGCUGUGGGCUUUUCUAUUAAUUAGUAACAACUUUGGGUAUUAUGGUUUUUUACUAAUCUUUUUUUUACAACAAAGGAUACAUUUUUGCAUUUGUGUAGCUUUUAAAUUGUUUGCUAAAUUCCAGAGUUUUGAUUUCUCUUUAUAAAAGUAAAUACUUAAAUGAAAUAAGAAAAGUUACAGCUGCCUUUCUAAAUAUCUCACAUGAAAAUGCCAAUUCAAAUUAAAUUCUUAAUAUUUGUCAGUUUUAAACUAACGUUGAUUGACUUCUGGUGCUUUUCCAAAUCCUAGCUCCUGGCCAUCGGUGGGGCACAGUUUCAACACUGUGCAUCAUUUAGGUUCUUGCAACAUUCUGACAGUAAUUCUGUGAAAGUUGGCACAAGGGUGUGAAUGGGAGGAGCAGGUGCGCCUGACGCUGCCUGCAACUGUCUGAAUACAAGACUAACCAGCCACAAGAAGAGUGAAAGUUCAGAAAAAAUGUCCUUGAACCUGCUGAUUAAAGGGGAUCUGAUGCCCCCACGUGUGCAUGUUAAAGCUCUAAUUGUGCCUGGUUUCUAAGGAAACUACUGCUACUGUAUCAGAUAAGGUUUAAUUUAAAGGAAAAAAUAAUUUCAAAUAAGAUUAAUGAACUAAAAUUGUUAUUGAAUAGACCAUAAGUAUUUUAAAGUGAACUAACAAUUAAAUGUACUAAAGGAUUUGCUUGUGUCUUGA